GGAAGGAUAAUCCAGACCCAGAACAAGUAUGGAGACUUUGGUGAAGUCGCCACUGAAACUUGUGCUUUUUACAGCAUGGCUUUGGAGUCUGAUGGACACGUGCAGCCUCGCUGACAUUUGUAGUUCUUGCCACCAAGACGCCACAUGCAAGGCCGUGAAUGGGACCAACAUCUGCCUCUGUAACCAUGGAUAUACGGGAGACGGAACCAAAUUUUGUGACGAUGACGACGAGUGCCAGAAUGUGACCAUUCCCAUCUGUGGGGACAGGGGCAACUGCACCAACACAGCAGGCAACUAUUACUGCACAUGUGUCUCUGGAUACACAUCCACGGGACAGCCCAAGUUCCAGCCCAACGAUGGCACUGAUUGCAUUGAUAUUGAUGAAUGCGAGUCAGGGCAGAACUGUGGACCAAACUCUCACUGCCACAAUACAAACGGAUCUUACUAUUGCACCUGUCAGCGGGAUUAUGUUCCCUCCUCAGGAACUAAGACUUUUCAUCCACAGAGUGGUGUACAAUGCAAAGAACAUCCACAAAAGUAUUGCCAUGACAACAUCGGAUGCAUGACACAGGCCGUCAACAAAACACUCAAAUAUAUGAGCAACCUCACGGAGCCACAGAGUCUAUUGAAAGAAAUUGCCAAGCAGACAUCUGGUGAACUUACCUCAGUGGAAGUGAUCGCAUAUGUUGAGGCCUUGAGCCGAUCUGCAUCAACGCUGGCUGCUGGAGAGAGGGAUUACGCUGUCAAACCAUCUGCCAUCAACUCAACUCUUUCAAAAUUAGUGAAAGCGGUGAACAACCUGGUGGAGAAGGAUGAACUGGUGGCUUGGAGAAGAAUAAAAGACGAGCGUCGUGAACACACCAUCACCAAGCUGCUCCAUGUGGUGGAAGAAAGUGCUCUGUCGUUGGGGAGAAACUACAAAACACCGGCUGAGCUUGAAAUCAAAUCCACAGAAAUGGAACUGAAACUGUUUACCUUUGAAGCGCAAACGAAAACCAAACUGUCUGUUUCCAUGGGAGGAGAUCAUAUAAAUCUAACACCCAAACUGAGACCAGAGGAGGAGAGAAAUGGAAGUGUGUCAGUGGUGUUUGUGCGAUAUGACAGCAUCAGUGACAUCCUGAAGCCCAGCAGCGACCCAGGUGUCACGGACUACUCGCGCUACGCAGGAACAGGGGAAAUCACGGUCAACUCCCAAGUCAUAGCGGCCGCCGUCAAACCUGCUGACGUCUACCAACUUGACCAUGUCACUUUUACUCUGAGACACAAUGAGCCCGUCGAUACUCAAGCCGACGUGACCAAGUGCGCCUUCUGGGAGUACGAGGCGGAGAGCCUGCAGGGCCGCUGGGCCACCCACGGCUGCAAGGCGCUGCACGUCAGCAGCAACGCAACCACCUGCUCCUGCACCCACCUCACACACUUCGCCAUCCUCAUGUCAUCGGGGCGAGCCAACUUGGUGGCCCACCAUACCAUCCUGACCCGGAUCACCCAGCUGGGGAUGAUCAUAUCCCUCAUCUGUUUGUCCAUGUGCAUCUUCACCUUUUGGUUCUUCAGUGAGAUCCAGAGCACCAGAACCACCAUCCACAAGAACCUGUGCUGCAGCCUGUUCAUGGCCGAAUUCAUCUUCCUGGUGGGGAUCAACAUGAACACACACAAGCUUUUCUGCUCUGUGAUUGCCGGGCUGCUGCACUAUUUCUUCCUGGCAGCCUUUGCCUGGAUGUGUAUCGAGGGCAUCCAUCUGUAUUUGAUAGUGGUCGGCGUCAUCUACAACAAAGGCUUUCUUCAUCGAAACUUUUACAUCUUUGGCUAUGGGAGUCCCGCUGUGGUGGUGGCCAUCUCAGCGACACUGGGCUCGCAGUAUUAUGGCACUGAUAAAGUGUGUUGGCUCAGCACGGAAAAUAACUUCAUCUGGAGCUUCAUUGGACCCGCAUGUUUGAUCAUCCUAGUUAAUCUCUUGGCCUUUGGAGUAAUCAUCUACAAGGUGUACCGUCACACGGCUGUGAAAAAGCCUGAAAUCAGCCACUAUGAAAACAUCAGGUCCUGUGCUCGAGGUGCCCUGGCUCUGCUUUUCGUGCUGGGCGCGACCUGGACUUUCGGGGUGCUGCACAUUCUCAACGAGACGACCCUCACGGCUUAUCUGUUCACCAUCACCAACGCCUUCCAGGGAAUGUUCAUUUUUAUCUUCCUCUGUGUGCUGUCCAGAAAGAUCCAAGAGGAAUACUACAGGCUUUUCAAAAACGUACCCUGUUGUUUUGAAUGCCUAAGAUGAAUUAUUUCAGCUGAAGCUCAACCAUCUGCACUUGUACAAUAGUAGUCUACAGUACAGAUUUGCAAUAUUCUGUGACUCAUGCUUUGACUUUUUUUCUCUCUUUUUAAGGGGAUGGGGGUACACAUUGAAUACAAAGGUUUGAUAAACAUAAAAAUAUCAGGUUGUAUUUUCUUUCAAAAAACCCUUGAAGAAUGUAGUCAAUCUUGUUUCCUGCAUUUUAUAGCCCAAAAAGAAAAAAAACUGUGUCAACUCUUUCACUACAACAUAUACAUGUUGUUUGUACGUACAUACAUAUACAGACAUACAUGUACGUAAUUGUACAUAUGUCUAUGUGUGUUUGUAUAAGUAUAUAUUUCUUUUCAAAGUCUUUGCAAUGACAGUUUUUGCUUUCUUGUGUUUGAAAUUGAUUUGUAAAUUAUUAAACUAAUUGUGAAAUAACCAACAGACA